AGUGCGUGUGUCGCCACUGAAAGCGGCUGAGGCUCGGAAUAAGAGCUGAGUUGGGAAAAGUUGGGAACAUUCCCCGGACUAUCACAGGGAUCUUCAGAUUCACCACGGGGCUGCUUCCGAGGUCGGAUCUUCACAACAUGGCCCCGACCAACGUCAUCCACAAGUUCUCCUCCGGAGCGGGAUGCAAAUGCCAAUUAGAGUCCGAGCUACGAACAGUGCUGCAGCAAAGGAUUAUGGUCCUGGAUGGCGGGAUGGGAACCAUGGUCCAGCAGCAUAAACUUGAAGAGGAAGAUUUCAGGGGGGACGAACUUAAAGAGCACCCGCUUCCACUGAAGGGCAACAACGACCUUCUCAGCGUCACACAGCCCGAUAUAAUUUACAAAAUACACAAGGAAUACCUGCAAGCCGGUGCGGAUAUCAUAGAGACUAACACAUUCAGCAGCACUUCCAUCGCUCAGGCAGACUAUGGACUGGAACACAUGGCCUAUCGUCUCAACAGGACGUCAGCCGAGCUGGCGAGGAGGGCUGUUGACGAUUUCAUCAAACAAACUGGUUCCAAACGCUACGUGGCCGGGGCAGUGGGUCCCACGAAUAAAACCCUGUCUGUAUCACCGUCUGUGGAGAGACCGGACUUCAGGAACAUCACAUUUGAUGGGUUAGUAGAAGCCUACUCAGAGCAGGUCAGAGGUUUACUGGACGGAGGAGCAGACAUCCUUUUGGUUGAAACCAUCUUCGACACUGCCAAUGCAAAGGCUGCCUUGUUCGCCAUCGACCUGCUGUUUGAAAACAGCUAUGAAAGAAAACCCAUAUUUAUCUCAGGGACUAUUGUUGACCGAAGUGGAAGAACUCUGUCUGGUCAGACAGGAGAGGCCUUUGUAGUGAGUGUAUCUCAUGCUAAACCACUUUGUAUUGGUCUCAACUGUGCCUUGGGAGCGACAGAGAUGAGACCAUUCAUUGAGGCCAUUGGAAAAAGCACCACAGCUUUCAUUGUCUGUUAUCCCAACGCAGGUCUUCCCAACACAUUCGGAGGGUAUGAUGAAACUCCAGAAGUCAUGGCCUCCAGUCUAAAGGUUUUUGCUCAAGAUGGACUGGUAAAUAUUGUGGGAGGCUGUUGUGGGACCACUCCAGGACACAUCAGAGCCAUAUCUGAGGCAGUCAGACACUGCAAGCCAAGAACACCUGCUGCUGACAUUCAUCAAGAUAACUUGCUGCUCUCGGGCUUAGAACCGUUCAGGAUCGGCCCGUACACCAACUUUGUAAACAUUGGAGAACGAUGUAAUGUGGCUGGGUCACGCAAGUUUGCCAAGUUGAUCAUGGCAGGAGACUUUGAGGAGGCGCUAAGCAUUGCCAAGACCCAGGUGGAGAUGGGAGCCCAGGUCCUGGACAUAAACAUGGAUGAAGGGAUGCUGGAGGGCACAACAGCCAUGGCCCGAUUUUGUAACUACAUCGCCUCUGAGCCAGACAUAGCACGGGUUCCUCUGUGCAUUGAUUCGUCCAACUUCUCCGUGAUUGAGGCUGGGUUGAAGUGCUGUCAGGGCAAGUGCAUAGUCAACAGUAUCAGUCUGAAGGAAGGAGAGGAGGAGUUCCUCCAUAGAGCUGCCACUGUGCAGCGCUACGGAGCUGCUGUGGUGGUCAUGGCCUUCGACGAGGAGGGACAGGCCACAGAUACAGACCGCAAAGUGGAGAUUUGCAGUCGGGCCUACAAGCUGCUUGUCAGCAAAGUGGGAUUUGACCCCAACGACAUCAUCUUUGACCCCAACAUCCUGACCAUCGGCACAGGCAUGGAGGAACACAACGAGUAUGCUGUCAACUUCAUCAAGGCUACCAAGCUGAUCAAGGAGACCUUACCAAGAGCCAGGGUGAGCGGAGGUCUGUCCAACCUGUCCUUUUCCUUCAGAGGAAUGGAAGCCAUCAGAGAAGCUAUGCAUGGAGCAUUUCUUUACCAUGCUAUCAAGGAUGGUAUGGAUAUGGGUAUAGUGAAUGCUGGAAACCUGCCAGUGUAUGAUGACAUUGAUAAAGAGCUGCUCCUGCUCUGUGAAAACCUCAUCUGGAACAGGGACACUGAAGCCACUGAGAAGCUCCUGGCCUACACACAAAGCAAUGUGAAAGGAGGGAAGAAGGUGAUUCAGACGGACGAGUGGAGACAAGCAAGUGUGGAGGAGAGGUUGGAGUAUGCUCUUAUCAAGGAUCCCUAUCAGGGAACCAUAGUACUGGCUACAGUGAAGGGAGACGUCCACGAUAUUGGCAAGAACAUCGUAGGUGUGGUGCUAGGUUGUAAUAACUUCAGGGUGAUUGACCUGGGUGUGAUGGUUCCCUGUGAUCAGAUCCUCAAAGAGGCUAUCACACAGAAAGCAGAUAUCAUUGGUUUGUCCGGUCUCAUCACCCCCUCUCUGGAUGAGAUGAUCUAUGUGGCCAAAGAGAUGAACAGACUGGGGAUGACAACACCACUGCUGAUUGGUGGAGCCACCACAUCAAAGACGCACACGGCUGUGAAGAUCGCCCCUCGCUACAGUUGUCCUGUUAUCCACGUUCUGGACGCCUCCAGGAGUGUGGUGGUGUGUUCCCAGUUGCUGGAUGAGACUCUGAAGGAGGAGUACUUUGAUGACCUGAAAGAAGAGUAUGAGGAUGUCAGGCAGGACCACUACGACUCUCUGAAGGAUCGCAGGUAUCUGUCUCUUUCUCAGGCCAGAGACAAGGCGUUGCGUAUAGACUGGUCCUCUCUGCCCAGACCAGUGCGUCCUCAGUUCCUCGGCACCCGCGUGUUUGAGUGGUACGACCUGAACAGUUUGCUGGACUUUAUCGACUGGAAGCCUUUCUUUGACGUGUGGCAACUCAGAGGAAAAUACCCCAACAGAGGUUACCCCAAGAUCUUCAAAGACAAGACUGUUGGUUUGGAGGCUCGUCGAGUCUUCGACGAGGCCCAGCAGCUGCUCAAUCAGAUGAUUGACAGCGGCAGUCUGAAGGGGCGGGGUUUGGUGGGUUUCUGGCGAGCUCAGAGUGACGGAGACGACAUCAAUGUGUACAAAGAAGAUGUCGCGGUGCACAGAGACACCAAACCCAUUGCCAAAUUCCAUGGCUUAAGGCAACAGGUGGAGAAGGACAGCUCCAGCUCAGAGCCCUUUUUGUGUGUGUCUGACUUUGUGGCCCCUGUAGACAGCGGUGUAGCAGACUACAUCGGUGUGUUUGCUGUGAGUGUGUUUGGAGCUGAGGAGCUGAGUCAGCAGUUCCAGGCUCAGGGAGACGACUACAACAGCAUCAUGGUCAAAGCUCUGGCUGACCGCCUGGCUGAGGCAUUUGCUGAGGAGCUCCAUGCUCGCGUGCGCAAGGAGCUGUGGGGCUAUUGUGCUGAUGAAGCUCUGCAGGCCACGGACCUCCACAGAAUUCGCUACCAGGGCAUCAGACCUGCAGCUGGCUACCCCAGCCAGCCUGACCACACUGAGAAGACCACCAUGUGGAGCCUGGCAGACAUACAGGACAAGACCGGUAUUGGUCUGACAGAGUCCCUGGCCAUGACGCCUGCUGCUUCAGUGUCGGGCCUUUACUUCUCCAACCCUCGGGCCUCAUACUUCGCCGUGGGAAAGAUCACCAAGGAGCAGGUGGUGGACUAUGCCAGGAGGAAAGAGAUGAGUGUGGAGGAGGUGGAGAAGUGGCUGUCUCCUAUCCUGGGGUAUGACAGUGCAGCGUAGAUUGCGGCCACACCCGCAGUCAGCUCGAGCACAGAGGGGUCAGAGCAGGGAUCUAGUCCUACCACUGUAUCUCAUACAGGUUCUAACUGUGACUGCGUAUACAUUGACAUUCACUGGCAUGUGUACUGCACAAACACACCAGGCUGUAUCAUUUCACUACAUAUUUCAAGCUGUCCUCUGUGCCAACAGGUUAUGACAAUCUUAAACUCCCCUCACAGUUAUUUUGCUCAUUGUUGAUAGCAUUAAUGUUUUCUCUCCUUGUCCUGACCUGAUGUCAGUGAAGCUCAGUGCUAUUAUGAGUCCUGACUUUCUGUGAUACUUUUUACAUUUAUCUUAAAUAGUUCAACAUUUUUAGACUUUUAUCUGAGAUGAGAAGAGAAAACAGCCUUGUUUAACAAAACAACAGGUAAAUAAUUUUUCAUUGAAAUCAGGAUAUAUCUGUCUGCUCAAAGAAUAAUACUGUGAAUCUGUUGUUACGUUCACGGCCAAAUUUCAGUGCGUGACGUUUUUAUACUAAGUGGUACGGACCAAUUCAUCUGUUACUUGAAAAGCAUCGAUGUCAGCAGCUUAAAGUAGAAAUAAAUGUUGCGUCGAAUGUAAGCUUAAAAAGAUUUACUGACAGUACAACCAAACAAGAAAGGCUGGACAAAUAGUUCAUGAAUAUGAUCGAGUUCACAAACGUUUUAGAUUUGUAUGUGAAAGAGAAAGUUUAGGUCUUUGCAUACAGAUUGUAUUUAUUUCAGGUUUUAAUCUCUUUGUUUUCAUUGUCUUAAGUCAGCAUUUCAUUCACAAGUACAAGUUUCACAUCUACAUCCAACGUAUUGUUGUUAUCAUGUUUUAUCAGUGAUGAUUAGUGGACUAUCCAUAUCGGUUUUAUUCAAGGAUCCUGAAACAUUUCCAUGUUACAAAAUAAAAAUUAAAAAAAAGAAUCUGCAUUUCACAUGUCUUAAAAGCCCUAAUGUGCUGUAGCAGAUGUUCUCAGUCUGUGUGAAACUGUUUUACUUUCUUAAUUAGAAAAAAGCAGAUACUACAUGACAGUAUUAUUUUAUGAAAAAUAAAU